GUGUUAACUGGGCCACUGGCUGUUCAUACUUCUGCAGUUUGAAUAGACCGCUUUUAUUGAUGUUUCCCAAACGAUCCACUAGGCGGCACUACUUGCUGCUGAUUUUGAAUGCAAAUGACAUCCAUUUUAAAAUUUUAUUAAGCAUUUGUUGUUCUUGGAUGUCACAUGUAUUGUUUUACUGCAGCGUUAGAAAGUUGAUAGAAUCUGUGUUUAUCAAGUUUUGUGAGUUUUAAUAACUGAUUUCUGAACUUUAAUAUAGUGCCUAUUUGAAUAAUUAUCACAAAUUACGCAAAUAUUUAAAAUACUGUUUAUAAAUAAAUUAAAUUAAAAUGCCCCGUCAACGUCAACGUACCACAACGCACAGAUCGUAUUCCAUUGAUGCUUUAAAAACGGCAACUGAAAAAAUUAUAAAAGGAGAACUAUCGAUAAGAAAAGCAGCGGCCAGUCAUCAGAUACCAAAAAAUACAUUAGCCAGGUAUGUGCUCAAAGUUAAAAAUACACCUGAUGGAGUUAAGGUUAAUUUUCGACCAUCAAAUGAACAUUUACUCGUUUUCAACUCAAGUGAAGAAUUGCUAUUGAAAAAAUAUAUUCAAGAUGCAGUCAACAUGCAUCAUGGACUUUCAUUUACCCAAGUUCGUCGCUUAGCUUUUGAGUUUGCCAUAGCAAAUAACAAAAACGUGAAAUGUAAUUGGACAGAAGAAAAAAUGGCUGGAAUAGAAUGGCUGCAUUCAUUUAUGAGACGACAGAGUUUGGCGCUAAGAACCCCCGAACAAACUAGUCUUAGCCGUUGCACUAGUUUCAAUAAAACUAAUGUUGGAGCAUUUUUUUCAAAUUUAGAAGGUGUUAUUAACCGAUUUAAUCUACAAGCACAAGACAUUUUUAACUUAGAUGAGACUGGUCUCACAAGUGUACAUAAACCAGUAAAAGUUUUGGCUUUAAAGGGGCAAAAGCAAGUUGGCCAGGCAACAUCAGCUGAACGAGGUGUCUUGGUUACAGCAUGUUGUAUUGUUGGAGCUACAGGAACUGCAAUACCUCCAUAUUUGCUGUUUCCCAGAGUGUUUUUUAAGGAACACAUGAUUAAAGGCGCACCUGUUGGAACAAAAGGUGCAGCAACAAAAUCUGGAUGGAUGAUUUCAGAUAUUUUUAUUGAUGUCCUCAAACAUUUUGUCGAUCACGUAAGACCUACAACAGACAGUCCAAAGUUGAUAUUAUUAGACAACCACGAGAGCCACUUAAGUAUUGCUGCGUUGAAUUAUGCAAAGACUAAUGGCAUAAUGUUGCUGACCUUCCCUCCGCACUGCAGCCAUAAGUUGCAGUCUCUGGAUGUGAGCGUAUUCGGUCCCUUAAAAAAACACUACAACAGAGCCUGCAAUGAUUGGAUGACAAACCAUCCUGCGACUCCAAUCACAAUUUAUGACAUAGGAGAAUUACUGGGGACUGCUUUUCCGUUAGCAUUUACGCCAAGGAAUAUUUCCCAAGGGUUCAAAGCAGCAGGAAUCUGUCCAUUUGAUUCCCAAAUAUUUACAGAGGAAGAUUUUUUAGCUGCAACAGUUACAGAUAGACCAGAUCCAACUGUUUCAGAUACAACCAUUGAAUCGACAACAUUACCCUCAACAUCAGUAUCAACCACCAUAGAAAUACCAACCUCACUAACUGACUGUCAACUUAUUUCUCCGGAACAAAUACGACCAUUCCCUAAAGCCGGAAUGCGUAAAAAUAACAAAAAACCAAGGCAGAAAGGAAAGUCUGCUGUUUUAACGGAUACUCCAGUCAAACGGCAAUUGGAAGAAGCUGCACAAAUGCGUGCAAAUAAAUCUAAGCCUAAGUCCAUUGCCCCAAGAAAAGAAAAGCGUAAAAUAUUAAUAGAGUCCAGUGAUGAAGGAUCAUCAGAAGUAGAGUAUGCCGAUUCUUCAUUGGAUAUUUCAGAAUUAUCUUCUGUAGAAGAUACGGAUGAUUUUAACCAGCCCAUAACCGUCGAUGAUUUCGUGCUUGCUAUGGUGCACGGAGCUAAGAAAAAGUCUAGCAGGCACUAUAUUGCCAAAAUAAUUUCGAAAACGCAAGAUGGUUUCAGCGUUAAGUGGCUGAAAAAUCAAAAUAGGACAACAAAAUUUUAUAUUACAGAUGAGGAGCUGACCUUCGUUCCUGCAUCCGAUAUUGUUCGAAAAUUGCCAACUCCUCUAUUUCACGGAGAAACGGGACGAUUCGCCAAUUUAUAUUCCUUUCAAUUCGAUUUUUCAGAUUAUUCCAUUGUUAUGUAAACAUAGUGUUUUAUUAAUGUUUAACAGUUGAAAUAUUCAUACAAUUUUAUCACAUCGAAGGUGUAUUUUUUCACUAAUUUGUGUUUUUUUUAUUGUAUAAUUUUAUUGUUAUCACGUUUAUUUUGUUUAUUAAUUCUAUCUUUCUUAACUAAAUAUAUUAUCAAAAUAAAAACUAAUAUUAUUGUAGUUUCACUAGUAUGUACCCAGUCAACCCCAUAGGGUGGCCCAGUUAAACCCGUCACUGUGGUUAACUGGGCCACGGGACACAUGUCUAAAAAAUGCAAUAUUUACAAGGCCACAGCAUAUAUUAACUAAUUCAUUUGAAUUUAUUAGAUAGAAUAUUAAUAUUCUCAUAGUUAUGAACAGAAAAAAUAUUGAAAAGCAGUAAUUUGUUACAAUUACAUCGCCCGAAAAAAAACUGUACCCAGUUAACC